GAAAAAGUUGCUUAUAAAAAGUUUCUGGGCCUAGGAUGGACUGCAUGUGACUUGUUUGUGCUUGGGUGCAGGUUGCAGCAAGGCAUAGUCUAGGAGAAAAAAAAAAAAAGAAUUUUUGAAGCUGUAGCACCCAAGUGCUUUGACGACCUCCAGCCGUCUGUGUGUCCUCGCUGCCAGAAUGUCUGGACGUGGAAAGAAGCGAGCAGUGGCUGGCGGCCCUAGAAGCGCAUCCAAGAAGAGCAGAUCAGCCAGGGCAGGUCUGCAGUUCCCUGUGGGCCGUGUCUCCAGGUUCCUGCGGAGCGGGAAUUAUGCCCACAGGAUUGGCUCUGGCGCUGCCGUCUACCUGGCUGCAGUGAUGGAGUACCUGGCUGCAGAGGUCCUGGAGCUGGCAGGGAAUGCUGCACAUGAAAACAGGAAGACAAGGAUCCUGCCCAGGCACAUUCUGCUGGCUGUGAGAAAUGAUGAUGAGCUGAACAAGCUCUUUGCCUGUGUGACCAUUCCUCAAGGCGGGGUUAUGCCAAAUAUCCUUGCUCAGCUCCUUCCGAAGAAAACUACUGGAAAUGUUGCUUCUCAAAAAUAUGGUGGUAGCCAGUGAAACUUGCUUUUCCUGGUCUGGUCUGUGCACUUAUGGAUGCUGGGACUCAAUAGCACUAAUUUGUAUGUGUUUACUUCUUUGUCAAGUACUUUGCCUGAUAAUUUUAAGGCAUUUUUAAAAUGUGUAAUAAAGUUUCUAGAAUGCA